GUCAUGUUCAAGAAGCCUAGCGAGGUUUGAGGAAAGCAGCGGCUAUCAGGAGCCGACAGAAAAAAGCUUUGCCGAAUCCUUGGAGAAAAGUUCCCCGGUGCAUCUGAUGACCAACUCUCGCUGCCGUCCUGCCGCGCAAGGCUGACGUGGCGGUGACGCGGCUGGUGAAUCGCGUGCUGGUGUACGGCUUCGAGAACGGGCUGCCCAUGCUCUUCGACUGCGACGGCCGGGGCACCGAGAUCUACCCCACUGGUAGGCAUGACCACGGUGGGGACUGCAGAGGUCAUUGGAGCAAGCAUGCACGGAAAGCUCCUCUAAAUAACCCACUACUACCUCGACUCGCUGUGGGAGACGGCAGAGGGCUCUUAUGUCCCGAACAAGGGGUUCCUACCAGACCUGGUCCUGCCAGACCCUGAUGCUCCUGCGUGUCUUGGUGCUCCUCCUGAUGUGGGAUCUGAGCCGUUGGAUUGUACACCUGGCAUGGCGCCUGGAUUUGCGUCCGAUGGUGCCACUGCUGCUGCUGGCCUUCCUGAUGUUCCUGAAGCCUACGGCAAUUAUAGCGGUGCUCCUGCUGUUGUUGCGCUUGGAGGACACGGGGAGCGCGUGGAGGGGGAGCGAGUGGAGGGGGAGCGAGUGGAGGGGGAGAGAGGACGGAGUGGGGGUGAGAGAGGGGAGGCCUCAGCGUCUGGAGAGCAGGCAGCAGCAGUAUCAACAGCAUCCACAGCAGCAGCAGCAGCAGCAGCAGCAGCAGCAGCAGCAGCAGCAGCAGCAGCAGCAGCAGCAGCAGCAGCAGCAGCAGCAGCAGCUUCAGUAGCAGCAGCAGCAUCAGAAGCAGCGUCAGCAGCAGAAGCAGUAUCAGCAAUAGCAUCAGCAACAACAGCAGCAGCAGCACCGGCAGCACCAGUAGCAACAGCAGUAACAGCAGCAAUAUCAGCAGCUGCAGCAGCAGUAUCAGCAGCAGCAGCAGCAGCAGCAGCAGCAGCAGCAGUAGCAGCAGCAGCAGCAGCAGCAGCAGCAGCAGCAGCAGCAGCAGCAGCAGCAGCAGCAGCAGCAGCAGCAGCAGCAGCAGCAGCAGCAGCAGCAGCAGCAGCAGCAGCAGCAGCAGCAGCAGCAGCAGCAGCAGCAGCAGCAGAACCAACACCAUCCGCAGCAGAAGCAACAGCAGCAGCAGCAGCAGCACCACCACCACCAGCAACAGCAACAGCAACAGCACCAGCAGCACCAGCAGCAAGAGCAGCACCAGCAGCACCAGCAGCAUCAGAAACAGCACCAGCACCAGCACCAGCACCAUCACCUGCAGCAUCACCAGCAGCACCAGCAGCACCAGCAGCAGCAGCAGCAGCAUCAGCAGUACCAGCAGGAGCUGCGUUAUCAUCACUGCAGCUGGCAGAAGGACGGCAGCAGCUGGCUUUGCAUCGCGCUGCAGCCACUGCUCCCGCCGCUCUCGCCACUGCGCCUGCUGCUGCUUCUCCAUCUGCUGCUUCUGCUAUUGAUGGUGGUGGCGGAGUUUGCGACAUCAAGGCAGAUUCAACGGCAGCAGCACCGCCACCAGCAACACCAGCACAGAUGGAUGAGUUGUUGGAGCACUGCCUGCUGCAGGCCCUCUCCGUGUCAGUCAAGCCCCACCACCUGCCACUGCCUGCCAGCUCCCUCUGGUCCAAUCACGUGCUGCCAUGUCGCCCGCCCGGCACAACAGUGGACAUAAAGCGGUGGUCACAUAAGAAGCUCUCCAAGUGGCUGAAUGCCAAGGCUGAUGAUGAACUGAUCUCAGGCAAGGAGGAAAAGCACCGCGAGGAGUACAUUCUCUCAACCAUCAACUACUGCCACCAGGACCUCCUCGCCUUCAUACCAGACAAGCGCAAGAAGGGGCAGCAGGAGGUGUUGAUUCAGGGAGGGGUGUUGGAUGAGUUGGCUUGGCUGCUGGUGGACGUGCAUGGCAUUCCCAAGACGCGUAUAGAGGUCCUCGAAAAAGACUAGGAGGUGAUGAGAUAGUGCGUGGCAGUUAUACUUCGGCUGAUGUUGUUCUGCAUUCUCAAGAUGUACAUAGAGGUGCGUCCGCAGUAAGACACGUAGUGGAAGAUGUAACUUGGUGCUGCUGUGCAUGCAUGUCUUAUUGACUAAUGU